AUGGAAGAGCGCUUUGUCCAGAAAAGCCUAGCUGCAAGGACGCGGGGCAAGGCAGAUCGCCAGUCACAAAUCUGCGCCGAACAUCUUCUCUCUGUGCUGGCGACGCACCAGCUGAAAAUCCACCGGAAAAGAUGCAAAACCGCAAAGUCCUGGAAGAAGUCGGGUCGGCUUUGGCGAUUUGCCGGUUGCCAGCUCGAAGAACUAAUUGAGCUUGCACAGCACGAUCCGGCGUAG